UAGUUAUUAAAAGAAAAAUGGCUUCCGAGGUGGCAGCAAAAGAUGAAUGGGUUAAGCUAAAUGUCGGAGGAACUCUCUUUAUGACCACAAAGACCACCCUCUGCAAGGAGAAGAAGUCAUUCCUGGCCAGACUCUGCUUAGAUGAUCCUGAUUUACCUUCUUUAAAGGAUGAAACUGGUGCUUAUCUCAUCGAUAGAGACUCUCGUUACUUUCCAGUGAUACUUAACUACCUCAGGCAUGGAAAGAUCAUUGUAGAGCCAACCCUUCACAUUGAUGGUGUUCUAGAAGAAGCUGAAUUCUACAAUAUCCAAUCAUUAGUUGAACAGUUAACUGAGAAGAAGAAUGGAAGAGACACAACAGUACAAGUUGGUGACCAGAAGCAGGUGUAUAGGGUACUACAUUGCCAGGAAGGAGAGCUAACAAGAAUGCUCUCGACCCUCUCUGAUGGAUGGAAAAUGACUCAACUGGUUAAUAUAGGCUCUCAGUAUUCAUACAGUAGUGACGACCAAUCAGAGUUCCUUGUUGUUGUAUCUAAGGAGUUUGAAGACCCUCCUGCCGCGAGGUCGGAUUCAAAACCAACCAAUAAAGAGAGAGUUUUGACGGAACGAGGUUAUAGAAUAUAAUUUUUUUCAAAAAUUGUGAUGAAGUGUGUGGUCUUGCUGAUAAUAAUAAUAAUGAUAAUAAUAACUUUCUAUUAUUAUUAUUUAUAAUUAAAUAUUUACUAUUUUUAGAGGUGGCAAAUAGUUUACUUGUGAAUGUAUAAUGUAUGUAUUUAUGUAUAAUAAUAAUAAUAAUAAUAA